AUGCUCAGCUCGAUCCUAGACUGUAUCUUCGGAACUCAAGCAGAUGACGCUCCAUCCCCCACCUCGGCACGAUCCCCCGAAUCCAUCGCUUCAGAUAUCGUCACCAAGAUCCUGAACGCCGAAUCUCCCGAAUUACUCAAAAAACAGCUGAAAGAUGAGAUUUUGAUAAAUGGAUGGUCCGAAGCUAUCGCGAAGGCUAUCCUAGAAGGCUUGAAGACUGCAGUCAAAGCCGGCACGGAAAUGGCACAGGCGGCUGCUGACGCGGCGGCCAAGUGCAAAGAUGCCGCUAUCGGCUUUGCGACCGAGCAUCCUGUAUACGCUACGUUGAUUGCAUUUGGUAUCCUGGCUUUGUUGAUGCCGUGGGCUCUAGAGAUUCUUGGGUUUGGGGAGUUGGGCCCGAUUGAGGGGUCUUUUGCGGCUGGUUGGCAGAGAGCGUAUGCGGGGUAUGUGCCUAAGGGGGCUUUGUUUGGGUAUUUCCAGAGACUGGGGAUGAAGUGGCAUUGGACUGUUUGA